AUGAGGGGUGAUAAUCAGAGCAGCGUGUCUGAGUUCCUCCUCCUGGGGCUCCCCAUCCGGCCAGAGCAGCAGGGCAUGUUCUUUGCCCUGUUCCUGGGCAUGUACCUGACCACGGUGCUGGGCAACCUGCUCAUCAUCCUGCUCAUCAGGCUGGACUCUCACCUGCACACGCCCAUGUACUUCUUCCUCAGCCACUUGGCCUUCACUGACAUCUCCUUUUCAUCAGUCACAGCUCCAAAGAUGCUCAUGAAUAUGCAUACUCAGGAUCAAUCCAUCUCCUAUGCUGGAUGCAUUUCCCAGGUGUAUUUCUUCAUAUUCUGGGGGGAUCUUGAUAGCUUCCUUCUCACCUCAAUGGCCUAUGACAGAUAUGUGGCCAUCUGUCAUCCCCUGCACUAUACAACCAUCAUGAGUCAGAGCCUAUGUCUUCUGCUAGUAAUUGUGUCCUGGGUCCUAUCCUGUGCUAGUGCUCUUUUGCAUACCCUCUUCCUGGCCCGUCUUUCUUUCUGUGGAGACAACACUCUCUCACACUUCUUCUGUGAUCUCUCCACCUUACUUAAGCUGUCCAGCUCAGAUACCACAGUCAAUGAGCUGCUUAUCCUCACUGUGGGAGUGGUGAUCAUUACUGUGCCAUUCAUAUGCAUCCUGGUUUCUUAUGGCCGCAUUGGGGCCACCAUCCUGAAAGUCCCCUCCACCGAGGGCAUCUGCAAAGCCUUGUCCACAUGUGGUUCCCACCUCUCUGUGGUGUCUCUGUACUAUGGAGCAAUUAUUGGGCUGUACUUUUUUCCUUCAUCCAACAACUCUAGCAACAAGGAUGUCAUUGUGGCUGUAUUGUACACCCUGGUCACUCCCAUGCUAAAUCCCUUUAUCUAUAGUCUGAGGAAUCGGGAUAUGAAAGGGGCUCUGGGAAGUAUACUCAGUAGAGGAACAUGUUCCUCAUGA